GAUGUCAUUAAAUUCCUAGUCUACAUUAACUUUUUUUGUCAAAGGAUAAGGUAAGUUACUCCAUUUAUCUUGUAAGGUAAAAUCGUGAUUUUACCUUGCACGUUAUCAUAUAAAUGACGAUGUUAAAUUUAAUUGACAAGAUCAGCACCGGUUGAAAUUUUUUCAUUUGCAUAUGACCAUUUAAAUUUUGGAUGAAAAAACUUGCUCUUUAGGCUUUGGACUCUUGAUAAUACUACCAACAUGAACAUUGCCAAACAAGGCAUUAAAUUAUAACCUAGAAAAAUUCAGAAUGUGUGAGCUAGAAAUGUGAUGGAUCAAGAGGUGGGUUUGUCGGUUUAUGGAUAAUUAACAAAAAAAUAAAAUAUGUAUAAAUUAUAGUAGUAAUACAUAAAAUAUAUAUAUGUCUUCAUGAGCCGAACAACUAUCAAUUAUAAGCGUUUCUAAACGACAAAACACGAACAAAAUUCAUGAAUAUAAUUUAAAUCAAAGUUAGAGAUGUGAGCUAGAAAUGUGAUGGGUCAAGAGGUGAGUUUGUCGGCUUAUGAAUAACUAACAAAAAACAAGACACGCAUAAAUUAUAGUAAUACGUAAAAUAUGCGUCUUCACAAAGUAGAUAAACCAUCAAUUAUAAACAUGUCUCUAAGCAACAAAACACGAACAAAAUUCAUGAAUCUAAUUUAAAUCAAAGUUGCAAAUUAUUAAUUGCUUUGCAGGUGCCAAAUUUCAACUUCAUCAAACUUCUUAUUUACUCCUACUUCAUCUUUCCUCAUCUAUAGACCUAUCCUUCGACAAUACUAACAAAAUAAAUAUUAAAAAAGAUAAUCGAAACUCUAUUACUUUUUUACCAAAAAUGUCUCUAAACGACAAAAUCAAAUAAAAUUUAUGAAUAUAAUUUAAAUCAAAAUUGCAAAUUAUGAAUUGCCUCAUAGGUGCCAAAUUUCAAUUUCAUCAAACUUUUUGUUCACUCCUACUUCUUCUUUCCUCAUUUAUAUACCUAUCCUUCCACAAUAAUAACAACAUAAAUAUUAAAAAAUAAUCGAAACUCAAAUCCCUUUUUACCAAAAAUACCAAAUUGAUAAUAUUCCCAACAUAAAACAUUGGCAAACAAGGCAUUAAACUGCCAAUUAGGAAAGAGAAAAAAAAAUAGUAAUCACCCACGCUGUCUCCUUUUUAUCACCUCACACGCACCUUUAACCUUCACUAAAAAAAACCCUAGCUCCCCAAACCCCCAGUUGCCUCCAUUUUCUCUUCGAAGAAUUUUUGUAUUUGAAUUUAUAGGUGUUGUUUGGUAAGUAUGUCGGACGAUGAGAGGGAAGAGAGAGAAUUGGAUCUCACAAGUCCAGAAGUUGUCACUAAGUAUAAGAGCGCCGCUGAAAUUGUCAACAAGGCUCUGCAGCUGGUGUUGUCCGAAUGCAAGCCAAAAGCAAAGAUAGUUGAUCUCUGUGAAAAGGGGGAUGCCUUUAUCAAAGAGCAAACUGGUAAUAUGUACAAGAAUGUGAAGAAGAAGAUUGAGAGAGGUGUUGCUUUUCCAACAUGUAUUUCAGUUAAUAACACAGUGUGCCAUUUCUCUCCAUUGGCUAGCGAUGAGACAGUACUGGAAGAAGGUGACAUAUUGAAGAUUGAUAUGGGAUGUCACCUUGAUGGAUUUAUUGCAGUAGUUGGGCAUACACAUGUUCUUCACGAAGGACCAGUUACUGGUAGAGCUGCUGAUGUCAUUGCAGCAGCUAAUACGGCUGCUGAAGUUGCUUUGAGGCUUGUGAGACCAGGAAAGAAAAACUCGGAUGUAACAGAAGCUAUUCAGAAGGUUGCUGCUGCUUAUGACUGCAAGAUUGUCGAGGGUGUAUUGAGCCAUCAAAUGAAGCAAUUUGUUAUUGAUGGAAAUAAAGUUGUAUUGAGCGUGUCCAAUCCUGAAACAAGAGUAGAUGAAGCAGAAUUUGAGGAGAAUGAGGUAUACUCCAUUGAUAUCGUGACGAGCACCGGUGAUGGAAAGCCAAAGUUGUUGGAUGAGAAACAAACAACUAUCUACAAGAGAGCUGUGGACAAAAGCUAUAACCUGAAGAUGAAAGCCUCAAGGUUUAUCUUCAGUGAAAUCAGUCAGAAGUUCCCUAUCAUGCCAUUUACCGCAAGGGAUUUGGAGGAGAAGAGGGCUCGUUUGGGCCUAGUUGAAUGUGUGAACCAUGAGCUUUUGCAGCCAUAUCCCGUUCUACAUGAAAAACCUGGUGAUUUGGUUGCUCACAUUAAGUUCACAGUGCUGUUAAUGCCUAAUGGAUCGGAUAGGGUUACAUCUCACUCUCUCCAGGAGCUGAAGCGUACCAAGACAAUAGAGGAUGAACCAGAAAUCAAGGCCUGGCUAGCCCUCCCCGUUAAGAGCAAGAAGAAAGGCGGUGGGAAGAAAAAGAAAGGAAAGAAAGGUGACAAGGUAGAAGAGUCGUCUCAAGCUGAGCCUAUGGAAGGGUAGUGAAGUGGCUCCAAAUCUUUAUACUUGCAAUUUUGAGGUGCUUUGAUCGAUCAACUUCACUGAAACUAUUGGUUCAGUGAGGGUCGAUUUGUCACAUUGAGCUGCUUAUGUUCAAUCUUGUGGGGCUGUGAAAGACAACUUAUUGUCGUAGUCAUGUACUCUGUCGUGUUAAGUUAUACUCUGUAGGUUUUUCAAUGCUAUUCAAAAUGCUGUUUUAUCAUUUUAAACCUUCAAUAAGUCCGUAUUGUGCCCCUCUCAA